GCAUUGAGCCACGGUCAAUGAGAAGGGAAGUCGUCUUGCAAUCAAAAAGUUGUGGGUUCAGUUCCAGCUUCCUUCCAGUUUCCACAUCAGAAGUGGCAAGGUACUAAACCCCAAGUUGCCUCCAGACCUGUGUAUUGAUGUUUGAAUGUCUUUUUCAUUUACUUUUUCAAAGUAAACUUUGACUUGUGAUGCAUGACGUCUGCAGUGACAAAGUAGACUUUUUAGAGGAUACCAAACCCAGUGAGUCAUUGGCCUUGUUUAGCUUACGCGUGACAAGUCAUACAUUUAAAAUAUAUAUAAAAAAAAUACACAAUUUUAAUUUCUAAAGUCUUUUGGUGGAUUGUAAUUUAAACAUCUUGGGCAAGAAUUGCUUAUGCAUCUGUAACCUAUUUUCAGGAUUUGAAGCCACAAGUUUAUGUUAAAAAUCUAAAACAGAAGGUCCAACUCCCUUUCCUUUUAAAAUUUUGUGGGAAAACAUUGAGGAUUUCCUGCCCCCUGUCCUCGUUUUGCCUCUCGGUUUGGAUUUGCGACGUUUAACCUGGUUUUUGGAUAAAAAAAAAAAAAAAAAAAAUGUAACCAAUCUCACAGCGAGCAAAUAAACAAGUGGCGUGGUAUGUCGUCUCCCCUGCGGCUUUCCCACAAGGUCCGUCCAUCUCGGCUCCCCACCCCAGCCGUCUGUCUCAUCCCCUUUCUUUUUUUUUUUUUUUUUUUGCAUUCUCUGACUCGCCGAGGGCAACAUCUGUGCCGUUUUAAAUGUACAUGCCCGUGUGUCCAGACUAAUGGAUGUGUCUGGGUGGAUUCUCGCUCACGCUGUGUGGGUGGCGUGUCACAAAGUAGCCAAGGUCAGAGUCUCCUUGACGUCCAGUUGGCCGGUGGGCUUGGCCGACAUGUGAAGUUAGCAUCCAGCGACUGAUGGCUUGCAACCUAGAGGGUCCGGCCUAUGGCAACGUCAGCUGAAAUGAGUCAUUUCCUGCAUGGAUGCAAGGAAGAAGUGGACUCUCUUGUAGGGGCUUGAGUGGGAGAGUGGGGAUUGGGACGUUUCCGUCGAUGGAAGAAAGAAUGUGUGCGAGGGAGUGUUUUUUUUGUUUUGCAGAAAAAUUGUGAAGGAGAGACGAUAGGAGAACCCAGAAGCAAGAAAAAUAUAGAUUGAGCGUCGAAGUAAGGGUUUAAAGAAGGGGGGCGUUUCGCUACGUGAAGGAACCUAAAGAUAAAAAGGGAAGGAAACGACAACAAGAUGACUUGCAGGAGAGGUUUUUGCAACGUAACCGAAAAGAAGAAGGAAAAGGUCAGGGCGGUUUUAUAAAUAGAGAGACACUGUGUCUGUGUGCAAUCUAACAGAAAAGAAAGUUGAGAGAGGAGGUUGAGUAGAAAAUUAGAGGGAAGGCAAAACCUGCACGGAGCAGGCUGGAAAAGGGGGGGGGGGGGGGGGCAGAACUGUAAACACAUGGGGUGGAGAUCAGACGAGGAAGAAAGCACCGAGCUGCCGCUGCUGUUUGAUGGAAAGCUGUGCGACACUGCAGAUGGAUGUUCACUGGGAUGGAGAUGAAACCUCGGCUGGAGCAAAGCAAACAUAGGAGCUCGCCGCACCCCUCGCCAUGAGGGCUUCCAAGAUUGAGGCGAAGGAGGCUUGUGAUUGGCUGCGAGCAGCGGGGUUUCCACAGUAUGCCCAGCUCUAUGAAGAUUCCCAGUUUCCCAUCAAUAUUUCCGCGGUGAAAAGGGACCACGACUUUUUGGACCGGGAUCUGGUCGAACCUCUGUGCCGACGCCUAAAUACUCUGAACAAGUGUGCAUCCAUGAAACUCGAUGUCAGCCACCCCAAGAAGAAGAGUGAUGAUUCUGACGAAGAUGAUCCAUUGGCCAUCAGUAAACGAUGGACAUUUGAGUGGAGCAGCCGGCGCUGGUCUCGCCUGCAGGACUUCCUUCUGGACAGCACCAAUGAGAGCGGCCCGACGGGUCCAGGAGAGGGCCUUCGCAGCACAGUGAGCAGCGAGAGCGUCCUGACCGACCUGAGUGAGCAGGAGAUCACCGAGAUCUCCUCGCUCCACAGCGAAGACUCGGCCUCGGCCAUGCCUGACUCUAUAUCCAUGGCGUCCCUGUCUGCGUCCUAUCACCCGCCGAGGGAACUCCCGCACUACAACUCCCUGCCGAUCAAAAGCAGCCGCCACGGGCAGGGAGGCAGGAGUAAAGCCAAGGAGUUUCUGCGCAAGAUGGAGUUGAUGCGCACCUGGGGCCCAUCGACGAAGAGGAAAAGCUCAAAUCGGAGGCCGCCGCUAGUCAUCAGUGAGCCGGUGCUACAGGGGGAGGAGCCUCACGCGCUUCAGAUGCUUCACUGUACUCCCAUCAGCCAAUUAGAGCACAGCCCAACACACAGCCACCAAACGGACGGCGCGUCUAUCAGCGAAACGCGUAAAGAGCAGAUCGCGCUCGACGCGAGUCCCAGCGAAGAGACUGCGGUGCCGGGUGUCCAGGAGCGUGCUUGUACUAAACCGCGCGCUGCCAGCAAGAGAAGCAGCGUGUACCUGGAGGACAUGGAGUUGCCCUCCCAGGGUAAGAGGACUGAGGGGCAAAGCCAGUUUGGCAGGAACCAAUUUCGCUCCUACGAAAACCUCCUCAUUCACGUCCCCAAAGACCACAAGCCGGGCACGUUUCCCAAAGCCCUGUCCAUUGAGAGUUUGGCACCUUCCCCGAGUGACCGCAACAAUAACCCCCAGUCUCACAACCAUAUUUCUCCGACUGAGAACGGCCUGGGCGAACCUUUAUCCAAACCCGCCUGUCCCGGAGCUCCGAGGGGCAGCAGGGUGAGCGUUUACGACAACGUGCCGGGCUCCCACCUUUACGCGAGCACGGGCGACCUCCUGGACUUUGAGAAGGAGGACAACCUGUUUCCUCACCUGGACGACAUCCUCCAGCACGUCAGCGGCCUGCAGCAGAUAGUGGACCACUGGAGCCGCAGCGUGCUGCCCGAGGGGGACGCCGGGGAGGGAGAGGAAGAAGGGGAAGGCAUGACCACCCCCAGCGAGGGCGAGAGAGAUGGCGUCUCCUUAAUUGACACCGAUUCAACGGGGACCUGCCGGGAGAGGCGGGACUCUGGAGUCGGGGCCUCGCUCACAAGGCCUCGUCUGCGAUGGCCCAGCUUCAGAACGUCUGACCAUCUCAACCAGCCCGCAUCUUCGCUCCAGAUCAGUAGCCAGUCAGCGGGCCAGCUUAGCCUGCUCCAGAAGUUCUCCCUGCUCCGCCUCACCGCCAUCAUGGAGAAAUACUCCAUGUCCAACAAACACGGCUGGACAUGGUCUGUGCCCAAGUUUAUGAAGCGUAUGAAGGUGCCAGACUACAAAGAGAAGAGCGUGUUUGGCGUUCCUCUGAUUGUUCAUGUCCAGCGCUGUGGGUUCCCACUUCCUCUGUGUUUACAACAGGCCCUCAGCCACCUCAAGACUCACUGUCUGGACCAGGUGGGUUUGUUUCGCAAGUCUGGCGUGAAGUCCCGGAUCCAGGCUUUGAGGCAGCAGUGCGAGUUGUCCCCUGACUGUGUGAACUACGAGGACCAGUCUGCGUAUGACGUGGCCGACAUGGUCAAACAGUUCUUCAGGGACUUGCCUGAGCCGCUGCUUACAAGCAAACUGGGGGAAACUUUCUUGCAUAUUUACCAGUAUGUUCCUAAAGAGCAGAGGUUGCAGGCCGUCAGGGCGGCCAUAUUGUUGAUGCCCGAUGAGAACAGGGAGGUCCUGCAGACGCUGCUCUACUUCCUGCGGGACGUCACCUCCUUGGUGGAGGAAAACCAGAUGACGCCAAUGAACCUGGCAGUUUGUCUGGGACCGUCACUGUUCCACCUCAGCAUACUGAAGAACGAGACGCUGUCACCAAGGUCAAUCCAGAGGAAGUACGCCACAGGCCGCCCUGAUCAGAAAGAUCUGAGUGAGAACCUCGCUGCUACACAGGGACUGGCACACAUGAUCAUAGAGUGCCAACAUCUCUUUCAGACUCUGUUCACUCCGUUAAACGUGAAAGCAGGCCUACCUGAGCUGAUUUAUUGUGACACGCCUCCUCCGGUUGUUGCUCAGAUCCCGGAGGAGAUGGUGACCCAGUCUCGCAACUCCUACAUGGAGGCUGCGCUGAUGGUGCCCCCGCUGGACGAGCUCUGCAAGGUCCAGGAGGAGGAGGACGUGGACGAGGAAGUGGAGGAGGAGGAGGAGGAGGAGGAUGAGGAUGCAUCCUACAAUGCACAUAUAGAAGGGCUGAUCCAGAACCUGCUGAAGGAGAGCAAGGACAAGAGCAAAGGCUGGGUGUCCCGCUCGUCGUCUGACAACACGGAGCUGGCAUUUAAAAAGGUUGGAGACGGGAACCCCCUGAGGCGAUGGCGCGUUAGUCUGGAGGUGUCGGCGCCUCCCACCGAGGUGCUGCAGCGGCUCCUGAAAGGGCGUUCGCUGUGGCAGACCGAGCUCCAGCAGGAGAAGGUUCUGGAGACGCUGGACAAACAGACAGACGUGUACCAUUACUCCUGCUGCAACAUGGCCCCUCAGCCCAGCUGUGACUAUGUGGUACUAAGAUCGUGGCGGACAGACCUUUGUAAAGAAUCCUGUGCGCUGGUGUGCGUGUCCGUCGAGCACGACGACAGUCCAUGCGUCGGGGCUGUGCGGGGGGUCGUGUUGGAGUCGCAGUACCUCCUGGAGCCCUCCGGGACGGGGAAGACCAAGGUCACGCAUAUCUCCAGAGUUGAUCUCAGGGGAAGAUCUCCAGAAUGGUACAACAAAGCGUUCGGUCAUUUGUGUGUUAAUGAAGCCCAGAGGAUCCGCUCCUCGUUCCUCCCAGCAGAUCAGAGUCUGCCUGAAGCGAAGACCUAAGCUCCAGACACAAUGCUUUUAUCUUGAAAACCGAUUUAAUCAUCCAGGCAAUCUUUUCUUGGUGCUGAGCUACAGUUCUGGUCAGACAUACAGUCACAGUAAUUAUGGGUUUUUAAAGAUUUAGAUCCUCCCUUUCUCUAAUAUAUUUAUUUCAAUGUAGGCUGAACAUAAAAAAAAACUUUCCAUGAUUUUUGAAAGGGAGAACUUGAUACACUAGUUUGAAUUUAUUGUGGGUUUUCUCUAAUUACAACCAAGGUCAAAAUUAUACAUAUAUACCCCCUCUAAUAUUAAUAUACAUUUCCUCUGGCAAGAUGCAGAAAACUACACACUUUCUAAACAAUUAACGAAUGUCCUGGCAUAACCCUGGCAAAAAAAAAAGACCACACCUCUGGUCAGAAGUGGUAAAAUCCUUGCUUUUAAACCCAGCCUGUGGAUUUCUAAAAGCCUUGAGGUUCUAAAACCAAACUGGAUUUGUGUUUGGGAUCAUUGCCUUGUUAGAGCAACCAUCUAUGUUCAUGUUUCCACCAUCUAGAUGUUCUAUUAAGGUGAACAUUAUCAUUUCAUCUGCUUUGUGCAAUGCCCAACCCUUAACAUUAUCCUGCUGAACAGUAGGUGCAGUGUUAUUAGUUUUAAAGCCUCACCUUAACUCCUCAAAGCUAGUUCUGAGUAUAAAACCUUUCUCCAGCUCUUUUGAUCGGCACCCCCUCAGCCCAUGUUGAUGCGGGACAUCUUCCAGGCUAGAACAGGCUGGAAACCUUGGUGGUUCCUUGAUUAUUUUUCAACAUUCAAACAACAUUUUAGUUGAGAUAGUUAAAACUUGGACUUUGUCUGGUUUUAAAGUUUCUGGCUGAAAAUGGUAGACUAUGUAGACAAGCUUUGCCCAUGCCAGGAAAUGGUGAACACUUUAACCAAGGUGUGCCAGUUUUCUCAAGAAGAGAGUACAGCCUUUUUGCCAGACUUAUGCCAGAUGUUUGACAGCUGUAAGAAGUGGAUGGUUCAGCUGCAACUUGCUCAGGUUAUUCCGAUAUUAGUGGGAGCUCUCUGUACAUAUUUGAGCCUGUAUGUGUAUUUUUGACCAUGUGUGGAUCACACAAAAAAAAAAUCUGCAACAAAUUCUGACGUGUGCACUAACCCUUAUUUAUGAAAAUGAUUAAAGUUAUAUGUUGAAGAAUAAUGCCCUGCUGAACAAAGAGCAGAUCAAAUAAAUCAUUAAAACCCUAAAUUAAAAUCAUUGUCCAUGAUGAGUGGAUGUAUAGUUCUGACCCAGACUGUAAAAUAUACUGAGUUGGCACAUAGAAGGAAAGAUUUUAUAUUGCCAUUUUUCAGGUCUUUUUUCAGCAUAAUAGUUUAAUUUAUAUUAUAAAUUAUGAGUUUGUUUAAUCAAUUCUCAGUCACAGUUUAAAGAUUAUGUCCGUCUCUGAAUGUGAAACUAGACAUUCAGUCAUUAGCGUAGCAAUUAACUUUGCAAGUACUCGUAGUCCAUGUGCAUUAUUAAAAGGAUGGUGUCUCGUAGAUUGAAAGCAAAUUCCUUAUUUAUUGCUUUGGUUUGUUCUUUCACGUCGUCAACAUUCAGCUUAAUACCUUGAACGAACAAAACAAUGAGAGAAAAUGAGACAUCACUCUAAUCCCUAUUGCUUUACAGUAUUUAUGAAAGAUUUACACAUCAUGAGAACUGAUUUUCCAAUCAACCAUUAAUUGAAACUGAUAUAUUAAGAAAAUAACUAUUUAUUAUUUUAACAUUUCUCCAUCUUUGUAAAAAAUCACAAGGUCUGCUUAUUCUGCCACUCUUAUAUUUAUUGUUAAAUUUAGGUGGUCUCGCUCAGCCGUAGCCUGACUUUAUACUAGCCAACUCUAUACAGUGAUGAAUCUUCAGCUUUAACCUGAUGAAUUACCAAACUAUUGCUCCAUUUGCACUUAUCCAUAAAAAAAAAUAGUUCUUACCCAAAACACGAGGACAAAAAACAAAACAGAGCAAGAACAUAUGGAUACAUGUCAGCACCGUCUUGUGACAAGUCCACUUGUUUCAUGUAGAAGGACCACAGAGGGAAUCGUAAGGGGACGCAGUCACCGGGUCCAUAAACGUGCUUUGAAUAUUUUGUGUACAAUUUCACGGAUGAUUUCCUUUUUCAGUGCCCACUCUGAGUAUUAAUCUUCUCCAAAGGUGUCCUUUUAUCUCUGUAUGUGGUAAUAUAGUUGUUGUUGUUUUUUUUUUUGUCUCCGUCUUUCGUUUUAUACAAUGUCUAAGACAUGAGACCAUUUCACUGCUUCUGGGAAGCAUGUUUGAAACUUAGCGUGUGUGCAUGGUUGUGCCCGUGUAUCUGCAUUUUCAAACACACCUACAGCCUGUACUGUAAACUCUCCGCAGCGCUCUCUGUGCCAUCACAGCUCUUCAGGGUCUUCCUAUCAUAUUGAUAAGCUGAAAUGUGAAAUAGCCACACACACACACACACACACACACACACCAUCCGUAGGAAAGCAAUAGCAGAUGAAAACCCGCUCCAAUCCGUGGUACUGCCCUGGCUUUUAUGUUUGUUUCCGCUGUAGGCAGCAUUGCCAUGGUGUUGCUAUGAUAUAAUAUUAUCUCCACAGUGCUGCCAUAAUCCUCGCGCGGAUGCCUUUUGCUGGGUGACAGUGGCGCGUGUGCAUGUGUGCGUAAGUAAGGAUUGAGUGACUCUGACGUGAGACCUCCGCUAUUUGUGGAGAGGCUCCAAACUUAGCUUAGAGCAGGAGGAUUUAUGCUUGUUGUUUUUGACUGAGGGAAAAAAAAAAACUAUUGUUUUUAAAGAGGAGAAUAAAAAUCUAAAAGUGCA